AUGCUCGGUCUGUUCGCCCUCACGCCAUCCCUCCCGGUCCCGCUCGACGUCGCAGCCCAGCCGCCCGCCCGCCGAGAGCUCCACGCCACCUUCGAGCGAAUGACGACGACCGGCUUCACGCCGUACUUCAACUACGACGGCAACCUUCUGGUGAGCGGAGCCGUAACGCUCGAGUCCGAGUCGACGAAGAACGACACUCAGACAUUCUCAUACUCGCUGGCGGGCGUUGACCCGCGCUGCCUCAACGGCGCGGGCAAGGCGGCAAACUCGUGUGGCAUCCACAUUCACAAAGGCAAGUCACACACGACAAGCAUGCACGUCAUCAAGCGCGACGGACGCCGCGAGCCAGUCAUGUUUGACAAGAUCACCGCGCGCAUCAAGAAGCUGUGCUACGGCUUCGACCCAAAGUACAUCGACCCGACGGUCAUCACCAUCAAGGCGCGGGCCACCACCGACCCACGCCCGGCGAGCCUCGACGUCGGCACUGGGGCGGGGAAGGCGGACGUCGUCGUGGACGGCGUCGCGACGCGACGCGCGCUCUCGCUCCCCGCCAUCGAGCCCCGGCCGCUAGCCAUCGUGUUGGAGCACGAUUGCGGCGGCGGCGGCGGCAAGAGUUCACCCCAGGCGAAGGAGCGCUCGGGCGCGGCGUUGGCGACGUUGCGCGCGCAUGGACACCCGCCGAUCCGGCUGAAGUGGCAGGUAGAGUGUUGA